AUGGUCUAUGGUUCGUCUGACACACUCAGACGGCCACCCGAUACUUUGCCGAUCCUAGGAAAUGCCAUCCACUUCCUCAAACCCCGCCACGUCCUCUUCGACUGGUUUGUGAAGUGCCAGCAGAAAUUCGGCAAGGAGACCUUCGAAAUCUCCGUCCCCACCUUGCCGCCGGGAGUGGUGAUCAACAGUCCCGAGAACCUGGAAUUCGUGUUCAAGAACGAAGGGUCCAUUACCAAGGGGGAGUUCUUCAGACAACGAUCAUGGGAUCUGUUCGGCUACGGCAUCAUCAACGCGACGGGCGACCUAUGGCGAAUCCAGCGCAAAGCCGGCCUGAAAUUCUUCAGCGGCGCCAACCUCGACAUGCUGAUUGAAGAGGUCUUGCCAGAAGUCUACUCCGACAUGAGGACACCGCUAUUUCAGGCUGCUAAAGGCGGCUACAUCGUUGAUUUGCAGAAGUUCUUUCUAGACCUGACGACCACCGUGGUCGGACAUACGGCUUAUGAUGCAAUGAAGAUGGAAAUCGACGCUUCCUCACCCUUCGGCAAAGCCUUCGACCACGCCUCAUCCCAAAUUGGCCUUCGGUUCCAAAAUCCACUGUACCGACUCACCGAACUCGUCACGGGCUCCGAGUUCCGCGCGUCACUCUUCGAAGUAAAGCGCUUUGGACGGCAGAUGGUAGCGAAUUCGCGAAAACGCCGCUCGCACGCUGCAUUCGAGAGUCUCAUCACGAACGAUGACGACGACGCCUAUGCCUCGCAGUUCACCACGCUGAUUGAUUCUCUGAUCGAGGCGCUUGCGGAGCCCCAGGCUAUCGCCGACGCGGCGCUCAAUUUCCUCUCCGCCGGCCGCGACACCACGGCCCAGAGUUUGACUUGGACUUUCUAUGCGCUCAUGCGGCACCCGGAGGCCCUCGCGGCGUUGAAAGAGGAGAUUGAUUCGAAGUUCAAAUUCAACGGCAAACCGGACGACGACGGCGCUCAGGGUGUUGAGAGUGCCGAAAUCACCAUGGCAUCCCUCCAGCCGACCUCUAUCCCCCUGACGCUCGCGACUUUCUACGAAGCACUGCGUCUAUAUCCUCCAGUGCCGUUCGAGAUCAAACAGGCAACACAUCCCGUCACGCUGCCCGAUGGCACAUUCCUGCCCCCUGGCGCUGUGAUCGUUUGGUGCUUGCACGCGCUUAAUCGGUCCACGGAGACUUGGGGGCCGGACGCGCAUUGGUUCAGGCCGAGGCGCUGGUUAGGUGCGCAAGGGGGGUUUGUGGCGAGGUCGCAGGCCGAGUUCCCUGUUUUCAACGGCGGGGCCCGCGCGUGUCUGGGUAAGAAAAUGGCAGAGAUGAUGGGCACGUGGGUCCUGGUGAGGAUGCUGAGUGAGUGGGAGUUUGACGAGGCGAAGGAUAGCCCAGCUGAGAGGGUCAGCGCGAAUAGUUUAACGUUACCGAUGGACGGGGGAUUGCCUUGUCGAGUUCGCAUGAGAAGACGGGAGAGGUCGUAA